AUGCCCAUCACAAUCCUCCCCCCCAAACCCUCCCACCCACCCCCUUCCCCCCACGACAUCUCCGAUUCCGAUUCCGACCUCUCCAGCGACGACGGCGGAGGAGGCGCCCACCUCGACUUCGCCUCCCUCGGCCUGCCCUCCCACCAAAAAUCCACCCACCCCUCCAACAACCUCCUCUUCACCAACCUCGUCACCCCCGGUACCCUCAUCACCCCAGACCCCCAAUGGAUGCGCGGCCACGGCACCUACAUCCCCCCCAGCACCACAAACAUCACCUCCUCCCUCGCCGGCAUCACCACCCGCACCAACAAGCUCAUCUCCGUCUCCCCCCUCCGCGCCCGCUACACCCCCGAGGUAGGCGACCUAGUAGUAGGCCGCAUCCUCGAAGUCCAAGCCAAGCGCUGGCGCGUAGACAUCAACUCGAUCCAGCUCGCCUCCCUCCCCCUCUCAGCCAUCAACCUCCCCGGCGGCAUCCUCCGCAAGCGCACAGAAACCGACGAGCUCCAAAUCCGCACCUUCUUCGCCGAGGGCGACCUCGUCGUCGCCGAAGUGCAGCAGCUCUUCCAGGACGGAGGCGCAGUCCUCCACACGCGCUCGCUCAAAUACGGAAAACUCCGCAACGGCCUGUUUGUUGCUCUUUCUGGGCAGGGCGGCGGGUCCGGGGUAGUACGGUCGAGGAGACAGGUCUGGACGAUGGAGGGGCAGAACGGAGGGGGGAAGAUGGAUGUUAUACUGGGGGUGAAUGGUUACGUCUGGAUCAGCAAGCAUGUUGAGCAGGUGGCCAAGGAGCUGGAGCAGAAGCAUAUGGGGAUUACGAAUAUGGAGGAGAAUGUCAGCGCGGGGGUGUACAGCAGUCAGAAUGACUUUAUUGACAGCGCUACCAUGAGGGAGAUUGCCAGACUGAGGAACGUCGUGACGGCGUUGGUGGAGAAUGGGUGCAGGGUGGAUGAGGAUAUGGUGAUACGGGGGUAUGCCGAGGCUUGUGAGAUGGCCAUGUUGGGAGAGACGGGGGCGGAGGAUAUCUAUUUGGGCGGGCAGAGGGGGGAGGAGUUGACAAGAGCGUUGAGGAACUGA